CUCGUAGUGUUUGGGAAUAACAUGCGUUUGAUUACCAAAAGUGUGGCAAACGUUGUGUUGAAUUGAUUGUAAAGAUCAGUGAACUCGUGGUCACCACAAGACAUACGAUCGGUUGGAUGCGAUGGCCAAUCGGACCAUCAAAGACGCGAAGACAGUCCACGGAACUAAUCCUCAGUAUUUGGUGGAGAAGAUCAUCAGAACCCGAAUCUAUGAGAGCAGGUAUUGGAAGGAAGACUGUUUUGCACUGACAGCUGAGCUAAUUGUGGACAAAGGCAUUGAACUGCGAUAUAUCGGAGGAAUAUAUAGCGGGAACAUAAAGCCGACGCCAUUCCUAUGUCUUGUGCUGAAACUGCUUCAGAUACAGCCCGACAAAGACAUUGUCAUUGAAUUCAUACGACAGGAGGACUUCAAAUACAUGCGAGCUUUGGGUGCGUUCUAUCUUCGGCUGAUCGGCUCGUCCUCCGAUGUCUACAAGUAUUUGGAACCGCUUUAUAACGACUUCAGAAAACUGAGACGAAUGUCCAAAAUGGGCACUUUCGAUGUCAUACAUAUGGAUGAGUUCAUCGACAUGUUGUUACGCGAAGACCGGGUCUUUGAUGUCAUUCUUCCGCGUAUUCUUAAACGCAAAACACAUGAAGACAACGCAGAGUUGGGUCCAAGAGUUAGUGUUCUCGACGACGACUUGGAGGCAGACAUGGACUCCGAUGAGGAGCAGUCCAAUGACGAAUCGCAUGAAGUGUUGAGAUCUGAACGCCGCCACAGAAGUAAAAGUAGAUCUCCAGUGAGAAGACAUCGAAGCCGUUCUCCCCACUCAAGAUCCCGGCGCUCGAGAUCUCGAUCACGAGAGAGACGUUCCGAUAGGGAUAGGGAUCGACGGGAUAGGAAGCGCUCGAAAUCACCGAAAAGAGAGAAAAGCAAACGCGAGAAGAAGGACAAGAAGUCGAAGAAGGAGUCAAAGGAACCGAAAGACCCAAAAGCGGACGAAAUAGCGGAAGCGAACGCUUUGAGGGCUAAACUCGGACUCAAACCAUUAAAACCAUAACUACUUUUAAUUGUUUAAUUAACAAAAAUCCGUUCAUUUCUGACUGUUGUCAUCGGUUUGUGUUUGAUUUGGUGACGAGGACUCGGAGUUAGUGCCGACGGCCGGCACUUCCCCUCCGCUGUCCAACUGUUUGAGUAGUCGGAAAAGAGCGGCCGCUUCUCGUAUCCGCGAGAACUCAAUACAAAAGGCCUGCACUUCGAUAAACACAUCCUAUGAUUAAAUGUAAAUAAAUUGUAAAUAAACUUCAAUACGAACUGAACAUUGAAAA